AUGAAGACGAUGUACGAAUGCAAGCUCGGAUCUCCACCGAUCGUCGCGCGGACGGCGUCGAGGGAGGAGGCGUCGAGGGAGACGCGCGCCUACGCCGCGCGAGCGUUAGAGUUGGAGCGCGCGGGAAGCUUCGAGUCGUGUGAACUCGAAGGAAAGUGUAAUCGGGUGGAAUUAGUUUGGAAGUACGUACAGGCACAUCGAGAACCGUUCGUCGCGGGGGCGAUCGCAGAAGACGAACGAGACACGAGACGCGACUUCGACGCCAUCUUGCUUGACUUGAGCGCGGCUUUCGAGCGAUCUCGUGGAAGCGAUGGCGCGACGUCGCCGAAGCGAUGGUGUCCGCCGAGCACGUUCGAGCGUCGCACAGUGAAGUAUUGGGUGGACCCUCGCGACGCCAUUCCAGUGCAGCUCGCGAUUUUAAAACAUCUACCGAUUCUCGAGUUCAGCGGCGGCGAAGACGCUGAACCACGCGCUGAAGAUGACGAAGACCAAGACCGCUCGCUCAUAACUUCGGUAUAUCUCGACAAUCCACAAUUUGACGUUUAUCGCACGAGGCUCGCUCGCGAACAAGGCGCCACUCUCGCUCGAUGUCGAUGGUACGGAGGGUCGGCGCGCUCGGACGACGUCUUCAUCGAGCGAAAGACACAUCAUGAAUCCUGGUCGGCGCAAAAGAGCGUGAAAGAGCGUUGCAGCAUGCGAAGGGAAGACGCUGUGGUACUUUUGCAGGGGACACCGCCGAAAGCGUUGUCGAUGUCGAAAAAGAACUUGACUUUGGCGCGCGAAGUACUCGCGCAAGAAAUCAAGCGACGCGGCGUGAAACCGACGCUCCUGACGCAGUACCGACGCACGGCGUUCCAGAGGUCCGAUGGUAAUCAACUUCGAGUAUCGUUCGAUACGGAUUUACGCUGGCGCGAUGUUCGCGGCGAAGGGUCUGGGGUGCUCUCGAACGCAGCUUUCAAAGGUGGCGAGCCGGCGGCGUUUCGAUUCGCCAUUCUCGAAGUCAAAUUAGCGACGGAGGACGCGAAGUCGCCGGAAUGGAUCGAAAAUAUCAUCUCUUCCUUCAACGUGACGCAUGUAUACAAGUUCAGUAAGUUUCUACACGGAUGCGCGAUGUUGUUUUACCCGAACGAGGCGUUACCGAAGCUACCUCAUUGGUAUGGCGCAGACGCGAACGAAUGCGUCGUCGACGUGCCGAUCGAGUCGUCGCGUGGCGACGCCGAACGCCCGCUCGAUCACGACGGCACGGUUCACGAUAUCGAGCGCACGGAGUCUGCGAGCUCGUUUACCGAACUCAUGCGCGCCGCGGUCGCGACGCUCCGAUUUCGUAGGAAUGAACAAAAGCGAGUCAAUCGUUUGGGCGUCGGCGACGCGGACGUCGAGCAGGCGCCGGCGAUGAGAUUUACUCAAAGGCACGUGCCGGUGAAAGUGGAACCGAAAACGUUUUUCGCCAACGAGCGCACGCUCUUGCAAUGGCUUUCGAUGUCCAUCCUCUUACUCUUUCUCGCUCUCGGGUUGCUGGCAAUCGAAUCCAGUGGCUCGAACGCGAUUCCGUUCGGUGGCUCAAACGCGCGAGCGUCCGCGACGACGCUGGGUAGCCCUUUCGCGGGAGCGAUUUGCGGAAUCAUCAUCGCGCCAAUUUCGAUCCUAUUCAUGUUAUAUGCGCUUUGGACGUACAUCGUUCGCGCGAGGCGAAUCGCCAGGCGUGAGGCGAGCACGCGGUACGACGACGUCUUCGGCCCCGUGGCGCUCGUGGUGAUUCUCGUCCUCGUCGCCGUGAGCGCCGUGGCGCUAUCCGUAGCGUCGAUCGAUUGGCAAAGUGUGCGCUACGCGCGCGCGGUGUCUUAG